AUGUCGCAUGAAUGUUCGCAGGCGUCCAUGGCGACGGCGUGCGACUGCAUCUACCAGCUAGUGCAGCAGCGACAGGCGGAUGCGAAACAGCUCGACGACCUGGCGAAGCAGCGACACCGGCUCAUGUGCGACCUGGCGACGGCGGAGAGUCGCUCGGAUCGUCUAGAAGACGAGCUGGAAGUCGCAAGGCGAAAAAUCCAGUCGCUUACAGCGCAGGAGCAAAAAGCGGCGGCGGAGUUCAAGGCGCAGAUCAAGAAGUUAAGAGCAGAGAGGGACGAGCUCAGCAAGCAUGUCAUCGCCCUGCAGGUGAGUCAGCAAGUCCUGCAGGUGACUCAGCAAGUCCUGCAGGUGAGUCAGCAAGCCCUGCAGCAAGUGAAGGCGCAGCAGGCGUUCGAGCUGCGCAAGGAGAAGCGCGAGUUUGUGAAGCUGCAGGAGAAGCUCGCGUCUUGCGUGGGGGGCAAGCGCACGCCCCCCAGGCAGCCGGGAGUGGAUAUUGUCAACCUCAAUCCCCAGUCAGAGGGCAGGCAGAGGGCCACAUGGGGCGGGAAGAAGUCAGAUAGCAACUUUUACAAGCGCAUGAUGGAGGCGCAUGAGAGGCAGCUGAGGGCAGUGGGGGAGGACAGCAAGCAGCUCAUGGCAGUCAUUCGCUCCAUGCAGGACGUGUACGCCCUGCCACCCAACAUGGCCUGUCCACACAUCAUGGAUCUGCACCAACGCAUUGUGACGGCCAUGCGUGAUCUCGUCCAGAGAGCAGCGCAGCAGCAGGCAGCCUCUGCUGCAGUGGGUGGUGGCUGUACCGGAGGGGACAGUAACGAGAUGGCUGCUCUGAGAGAAGAGCUGGAGGCGUGCAGAGAGCGUUUGGCCGAGCAGGGUGAGCUCCUGAUAUGCAACUACAUGUAUGUUGAGGUGAUGCGAUACGAAGUUUAUUGGUAUAUGCUGUGA